AUGACUUCACAACGACCUGAAGAUUCUCAAAAAAUACCACAAAAUACUUUCUUAUCAAGAAUAUUUGGUCUUCAAUCUGAUGAAGUAUCCUCUACGAUAACUAGCGGUGGCCUUAUUGCAUACAAUACAAAGGCAACUGACUCAAGUGAUUCAGCAUUAGAGGGUAUAGGGAAGCGAAAGAAGGUUCUGAAUGAGUUGGGCAAUGAUGAAGAAGGUUUACGCAUUCCUGAAUCGGAUCAAGAAUCAUCAACGGAAGACGGGAAUUCAAGUUCUGAGAAUGAUUUUAGAAUAAAUAAUCAACUGAAUCCUGCAAUACAUGAUCUGGAAAAUAAUAAUAAUAAUAAUAAUAAUAAUAAUUAUGGAUUCAACAACAAGAAAGACAGCAUUAUAAAUGAUUCAUUCAUCAAUAAUAAACCUACAGGAGGGAAAAGAAAUGACAUACUGUUUAAAUCAUUGCCAAAACUUGGCCAAGUUUCAAGUGAUGAAGAAGAAUUUAGCGCAAAUGAAGAUGAGAAUCAAAUAAAUAAUGAUCUUAUAAAUAAGAAAAAUAAGUUUAGCCGGACCAUAUCACCUAGAAAGAAUCAAAACUUUCAACCAAAUUUAACAGACAUUCAAAGCAUGUAUGAAGAGGAUGAAGAGGAUGAUGAAAUGAAUGAAGAUGCGACACUAUUAGGUCACAACAAAUAUAAUAAGCAUUAUAAUGAAGAUGAGAAUUUUAUUAAACAGUCUUCUUUGUUAAUACCUAGGUCCAUUAAAAAUACAUUUUCGAAACCCCCUAUUGAUAGACGGAAGCAAUUAUUUACUUCUUCAAAUGAGGCAAAUAAGUCCAAUUAUUUGAAUAAUAAUAUUCAAGACAAUUUUAUUGAUCUAGAGGGCAAUAGAAAUAGUAAUAUAGAUCGAAAGAAUAUACGGGUCUCUACUAUUUUUGGAAAUAACAAUCCUAAUACUAACUUUAUACAAGAUAGUUUCUUGAACAUUAGAGGUAAUACUAGGACUUCAACUAACAAUAGAAAUCCAAGAAGCAGCCAACAACCAGGACUCUUCAAAAACAUCCAAGUUCUAAACAAUACUCCCAAAAAUAGAUUAGACACAAUAAGCCCGAAAGAGACUGCAUUGUGGAAAUGGGCAAACGUAGAAAACUUAGAUAUUUUCUUUCGUGAUGUUUACAAAUAUUAUUUAGGAAAUGGGUUUUAUUGUAUCGUCUUACAAAAAUAUUUGAAUAUUGCAACUUUAUUAUUUGUUGUUUUUAUUUCAACUUUUAUGGCUUAUUGUAUCGAUUAUUCUUUAAUUCCUACGAGCAGCAAAUUAUCAGAUGUACGAAUUGACAAAUGUUACUCUAGUAAUAUAUCUGGAUUCACAAAAUUAUUCAUGUAUAUAUUUUACGUGUUCAUUACACUGAAAUGUAUACAAUUAUAUUUCGAUAUAAAAAAUCUAAGAGAAAUCCAGAAGUUUUAUAGAUAUCUAUUAAAUAUAUCAGAUAAAGAACUGGAAACAAUUUCUUGGCAGAGAAUUGUAGAGCAAUUAAUAUUAUUAAAAGAUCAAAACGCAUUAACAGCAAAUGUUGUAGAGGUAAAGGCUAAAAAUAGAAUUGAUGCUCAUGACGUAGCGAAUAGAAUAAUGAGAAAAGACAAUUACUUUAUUGCUUUAAUUAAUUCAGAGAUAUUGAAUUUAACUAUUACCCUUACCUUUCUAUUCGAAUUCAUACUGACAAAAACUUUAGAAUGGAAUUUAAACCUUUGUAUAUUUGGGUUCGUAUUUAACGAAGGGGGCUAUUUGAAGCAAAAUAUUUUGAAAGAAUCUCAUAGAGAAAGAUUAGUAGAAGAAUUGCAAAAACGAUUUUUAUUAGCAGGCUUUUUAAAUAUUAUUUUAGCUCCAUUUUUAGUAUGCUAUUUUGUAUUACUAUACUUUUUCAGAUAUUUCAAUGAGUUUAAAACAUCCCCUGGUAAUUUAGGUGCAAGACAAUAUUCACCACUCGCAGAAUGGAAAUUUAGAGAAUAUAAUGAACUAUAUCAUUUAUUCCAAAAAAGAUUAGGAUUAAGCAGAGAAUUGGCAGAUAAGUAUAUUCAACAAUUUCCGAAUGAAAGUACGAAUAUUCUUCUAAAGUUUGUUACGUUAAUAUCUGGGUCUUUCGUCGCUAUCUUAGUUUUAUUAACAAUAUUUGACCCUGAGAAUUUUUUCAAUUUUGAAAUCAGCAAAGACAAAACCGCUCUGUUUUAUAUUACAUUAUUUGGUUCUAUUUGGACGAUUUGUCAUAACCUCAUUCCAAAUGAAUAUAGAGUAUUUGAUCCUGAAGAAACACUUAAGGAACUUGCUACUUAUACACAUUUUCUGCCAAAUACAUGGAAAGGAAGGUAUCAUAUGGAAGAAGUCAAACAAGAAUUUUGUGAGUUAUAUAAUCUAAGGGUGAUUGUCUUAUUGCGUGAAUUAGCAAGCUUAAUUUUAACUCCAUUUAUUUUGUGGUUUUCAUUACCUAGAAAUGCAUGUGACAUCAUAGAUUUUUUCAGAAAUAAUUCUACAUAUGUUGACGGCUUAGGCUAUGUAUGCAAAUAUGCAAUGUUUGAAGUUGAUGAAAAACCUAUUAUUCAGACUAAUUCUAAAGACUUUAAGACAGCCCAUGAUGAAGGACAUAAUAUGAAUAGUUGGACUGUAAGUGAUGAAGAUGAUGCCAGCGAUCUUGAAGAUAAUGAAGAUAGAAAUGCGAGAGAAAGGAUGAUGAGGUCGUAUAUGUAUUUCAUAGAUGACUACGAAAAUAAGGAUAACAUGGUGGGUAAAACUCAAAUUCCUCCAAUGAAGACAGAGAACAAACCAGUGAAUUGGACUACAGAUUAUUCGUGGAAAAAACAAUUUAAGCCAGGACAAAGGCCUGACCUAUUCCUGAUAAACCAGCAAUUGAAUGAUCGUCCUAGCAACAAUAAUGUCAGAGAGUAUAAUUCUACUGCACCAAAAAAUUGGCAGAAGAAUUUCAAUUCGGACAGAGGUACUGUUGAUUUAGGUGAAUCUUUCAUUAAUUCUGGAAUUCUAAAACGACCAGAUAGGCUCCAAAAACCUAUUCAAAAGACAGGAGUGCUUGCACUGGUUAAAGAAUAUUACAAAGAUACGGAAAUUGGGCGUUGA